AUGGCGUCUUAUCCACUGUCCUGGACUUUGGAGCACCUAGUGCCCCCUCACAGACGUGCAACUGAGAGCCAGGCGGCACUGGACAUCGUGCACCCGGUUUGUGCCGACGUGGGGGUCUCCUUCCUGUCCUACGAGCUGCGGCCCAGAACACUGUGCAAGCAGGGUAUGUCUGUGCACCGAGAUGCGCCCGCCUAAUAUCGCAGGCGCGAGCUGCGCUUCAACCUCACCGCCAAUCAGCACCUGCUGGCGCAGGGUUUUGUGAGCGAAACGAGGCAGCGAGGAGGCCUGGGUCGCGCGCACAUCCGGGCCCACACCCCCGUCUGCCACCUGCUCGGCGAGGUACAGGACCCUGAGCUCCAGGAUGGCCUGGCGGCCAUUAGCGCCUGCGACGGCCCGAAAGGUGUGUUCCUACUCUCCAACAAGGACUACUUCAUUGAGCCCCUGGACGGUGCCCCAACCUGGCCCAGCCAUGCCCAGCCCCAUGUGGUGUACAAGCGUCAGGCCCCAGAGAGGCUGGCACAGCGGGGUGAUUCCAGUGCUCCAAGCACCUGUGGGAUGCAAGCCACCUUCAGGACAGCCUUAUCUUUCUUUACCAACGCUAUCUACAGACCUCAAUUUAUCAGCGUUCUCCCCGUGCUAGACUCAGACCUGAGUCCUAGGGCUUGGGUGGCUGGCCUGUUUCACGACCCCACCAUUAGGAACCCCAUCCACAUCACCAUUGUGCGCCUGGUCCUGCUGGAAGAUGAGGAGGUGAGCGGUCAUGUGGUCCCACGCUGCCCGGCAAUGGCUUCGGCUGCCAGAGCCCUCCUGCCCCAUGACCUGUGCUGGAAGGGCACAGUGAAGGCCUCCUUGGCCUGGACUGUGUCCCCUGCCACCCCCUGGUUCCUGACUGACCCUCUCUCAGGUCCCAGGUCCCCUGCAGGAGGUUCCUACAGGAGGGAUGGUACCGCAGCCGCAGGAGGGUGGGAACCUGCAUCUCAGGAGGUGCUUCCCGGCCCUGCGGAAGAAGCCCUGGUGGAGGAGGGGGCCGUGCUCUCAGGGACCCCCGUUUUGAGGAGAGACCUGUGUGCAGCCAUGAACCGGCCCUGUGAGACCCUGGGCUUAUCCCAUGUGGUGGGCAUGUGCCAGCCGCACCGCAGCUGCAGCAUCAAGGAGGACAUGGGCCUGCUGCUGGCCUUCACUGUGAUGGCCCCUGCAAGCUCACUGGCCUCAAGAACAAUCUUGAGCACAGGUACCGUGCCUGCUCCCAUUGCUACACUGAGAGCCGAGCUUCACCCUCGCAGCCUGGGGGCACUGGGUAUCCAGACUGUGGGUCACAAAGUCCAGGAGCAAGGAAGCUCUCUGGAAAAGGAGCCCCGACCGUCUGGCCAUGUGCUGCCCCUGCACUGUCCCCUCCCCACAACCAGGCUGCUUCCCUCCUGUUGGAAACGGCCUUUCAUCAUAUCUCCACAGCUCCUGUACGACGCCGCUCCCCUCACCUGGUCCCGCUGCAGCCGCCAGUACAUCACCAGGUUCCUUGACCGUGGGUGGGGCCUGUGCCUGGACGAACCUCCUGCCAAGGACAUCAUCGACUUCCCCUCGGUGCCGCCUGGCAUCCUCUAUGAUGUGAGCCACCAGUGCCGCCCAGGGACCUACUCUGCCUUCUGCGAGGACAUGGAUAAUGUCUGCCACACACUCUGGCGCUCUGUGGGGACCACCUGUCACUCCAAGCUGGAUGCAGCCGUGGACGGCACCCGGUGUAGGGAGAAUAAGUGCUGUCUCAGUGGGGAGUGCACACCUGUGGGCUUCCAGCUCGAGGCUGUGGAUGGUGGCUGGUCCAGCUGGAGCGCCUGGUCCAUCUGCUCGUGGAGCUGUGGCGUGGGCAUACAGAGAGCCGAGCGGCAGUGCAUGCAACCUAUGCCCAAAUACAAAGGCAGAUACUGUGUGGGUGAGCAGAAGCGCUUCCGCCUCUGCAACCUGCAGGCCUGCCCAGCUGGCCGCCCCUCCUUCCGCCACGUCCAGUGCAGCCACUUUGACGCUAUGCUCUACAAGGGCCAGCUGCACACAUGGGUGCCCGUGGUCAAUGACGUGAACCCCUGCGAGUUGCACUGCCGGCCCUCGAAUGAAUACUUUGCCGAGAAGCUGCGGGACGCUGUGGUUGAUGGCACCCCCUGCUACCAGGUCCAGGCCAGCCGGGACCUCUGCAUCAACGGCAUCUGCAAGGUAAUGUGGGGCUGUGACUUCUAGAUUGACUCCGGCGCUAUGGAGGACCGCUGUGGCAUGUGCCACAGCAAUGGCUCCACCUGCCACACCAUGAACGGGACCUUCGAGGAGGCCGAGGGCCUGAGGUAUGUGGACGUGGGACUGAUCCCAGCCAGCACACGUGAGGUCCGCAUCCAGGAGGUGGCCGAGGCUGCCAACUUCCUGGCACUGCGGAGCGAGGACCCGGAGAAGUACUUCCUCAAUGGUGGCUGGACCAUCCAGUGGAACGGGGACUACCAGGUGGCAGGGACCACCUUCACAUACGCACGCAGGGGCAACUGGGAGAACCUCACGUCCCCAGGUCCCACCAAGGAGCCCUGGAUCCAGCUGCUGUUCCAGGAGAGCAACCCCAGGGUGCACUACAAGUACACCAUCCACAGGGAGGCAGGUGGCCACGGCGAGGUCCCGCCGCCCGAGUUCUCCUGGCACUAUGGGCCCUGGACCAAGUGCACCGUCACCUGCGGCAGAGGUAUGCAGAGGCAGAGUGUGUACUGCUCCGAGCAGCAGGCAGGGCCUGUGGACGAGGAGCACUGUGACCUCCUGGGCCGGCCCGAUGACCACCAGAGGAAGUGCAGCGAGCAGCCCUGCCCUGCCAGGUGGUGGGCAGGUGAGUGGCAGCUGUGCUCCAGCUCCUGCAGGUCUGGGGGCUUCUCCCGCCGGACCGUGCUCUGCAUCUGCAGCGUGGGACUAGAUGAGCAGAGCGCCCUGGAGCCACCUGCCUGUGAACACCUUCCCUGGCCCCCUACUGAAACCCCUUGCAACCGCCAUGUGCCCUGUCCGGCCACCUGGGCUGUGGGGAACUGGUCUCAGUGCUCAGUGACAUAUGAGGAGGGGACUCAGCACCGAAAUGUCCUCUGCAUCAGUGACACCGGUGUCCCCUGUGACGAGGCCCAGCAGCCAGCCAGUGAAGUCACCUGCUCUCUGCCACCCUGUCGGUGGUCCCUGGACACACUGGGCCUUGAAGGCUCAGGCAGCGGCUCCUCCAGCCACGAGCUCUUCAAUGAGGCUGACUUCAUCCCGCGCCACCUGGCCCCACGCCCUUCACCCGCCUCAUCACCCAAGCCAGGCACCAUGGGCAACACCAUUGAGGAGGAGGCCCCAGAGCCGGACCUGCCAGGGCCAGUGUUUGUGGACAACUUCUACUACGACUACAAUUUCAUCAGCUUCCACAAGGAUCUGUCCUACGGGCCCUCUGAGGAGCCUGAUCUAGACCUGGCGGGGACAGGGGAUCGGACGCCCCCACCACACAGCCGUCCUGCUGUGCCCUCCACGGGUAGCCCUGUGCCUGCCACAGAGCUUCCUGCAGCCAAGGAGGAGGGGGCACCGGGACCUUGGUCCCCCAGCCCUUGGCCCAGCCAGGCCAGCCGCUCCCCACCCCCACCCUCAGAGCAGACCCCUGGGAACCUUUUGAUCAAUUUCCUGCCUGAGGAAGACACCCCCAUAGGGGCCCCAGAUCUUGGGCUCCCCAGCCUGCCCUGGCCCAGGGUUUCCACUGAUGGCCUGCAGACGCCUGCCACCCCUGAGAGCCAAAAUGAGUUCCCAGUUGUCAAGGACAGCCGGAGCCAGCUGCCCCCUCCAUGGCGGGACAGGACCAAUGAGGUUUUCAAGGAUGAUGAGUAACCUGAGGGCUGCGGAGCACCCCACCUGCCCCCGAGACCCAGCCCCACGCUGCCCACUUAGUCCCCGAUCAGCAGCACCCACUCCUCUCCUAGUCCUGACGUGGCGGAGCUGUAGACAGGAGGGACAGUGGCCUGGGAGCCAGCUCUGGAGAGUGGCCUGGGGCCUGUGGACAGUGAACUGUGGCCCACUGUUGGGGUGGCUUCUCCCCCUCCUCCUCCCAUAGCCCCUCUGCCAGAGAUGAAGGGCAAGGACAGUCCCCUGGAGCCAGUAACUCCCACUUUCCCAACCCCAGGACCAGGUUCAUGGGACCUGCAGACUGUGGCAGUGUGGAGGACCUCCCUCCCCACAACCCUGACUGGCCUCGGGCACAAGCCUGAGCCUGCCCUGAACCCAGGACCCAAGGGCCAGCCUGAGUCCCUCAGCCCUGAGGUGCCCCUGAGCUCUAGGCUGCUGGCCACGCCAGCUUGGGACAGCCCCAUCAACAGCCACAGAGUCCCUGAGACCCAGCCGCUGGCUCCCAGCCUGGCUGAAGCGGGGGCCCCCACGGACCCAUUGGUUGUCAGGAAUGCCAGCUGGCAAGCGGGAAACUGGAGUGAGUGCUCCACCACCUGCAGCCUGGGUGCCCUCUGGAGGCUGGUGCGCUGUAGCUCCGUCUGGGAUGAGGACUGCGCCCCCGCUGGCUGGCCCCAGCCUGCCCGCCGCUGCCACCUGUGGCCCUGUGCCACCUGGCACUGAGGCAACUGGAGUAAGUGCUCCCACAGCUGCGGCAGAGGUUCCUCAGUGUGGGACGUGCAGCGUGUGGACACAUGGGACCUCCGGCCACUGAGGCCCUUCCAUUGUCAGCCUGGGCCCGCCAAGCCGCCUGUGCACUGGCCCUGCAGGGCCCAGCCCUGCCUCAGCUGGUACACCUCUUCCUGGAGGGAGUGCUCUGAGGCCUGUGGCGGUGGUGAGCAGAAGCGUCUAGUGACCUGCCCAGAGCCAGGCCUCUGCGAGGAGGCACUGAGACCCAACACCACCUGGCCCUGUAACACCCACCCCUGCACGCAGUGGGUGGUGGGGCCCUGUGGCCAGUGCUCAGCCCCCUGUGGCGGUGGUGUCCAGGGUCACACACUGGUCAAGUGUGUCAGCACCCAGACGGGGCUGCCCAAGGAAGACAGCUACCAGUGUGGCCACAGGGCCUGGCCUGUGAGUUCCCGGCCGUGUGGUACCAAGGAUUGUGAGCCCAUCAAGCCUCCCUGCUGUGAGCGGGACCGCCUGUCCUUCGGGUUCUGCGAGAUGCUGCGCCUACUGGACGGCUGCCAGCUGCCCACCGUCCGCACCCAGUGCUGCCGCUCGUGCUCUCCGCCCAGCCACGGCGCCCCCUCCCAAGGCCAUCAGCGGGUCACCCGCCGCUGAUGGUGCCAGUAUGCACAGACCUACCGACAGACCUCAGUGCCCACCACGGGCUGUGGCGGAGCUCCCGCCCCCUGCGCGCUAAUGGUGCUAACCCCCUCUCACUACCCAGCGGCAGGCUGGGGAGCUCCUCCCCCUCGAAAAAGGUAUUUUUUUAUUCUAACGGUUUGUGUAACAUUUAUUAUGA